AGAGUGUUGAAAGUGCGAGCGCGGAAGCUCCGGACGCGAGGGGCGGGGCGUGCGCGGGACAAAGGGAAGCGAGGCCGGAGCUGCGGGCGUUUUUUCUGCCCGCGGUGUCUCAGAUUCAUUCUUAAGGAACUGAGAACUUAAUCUUCCAAAAUGUCAAAAAGACCAUCUUAUGCCCCACCUCCCACCCCAGCUCCUGCAACACAAAUGCCCAGCACACCAGGGUUUGUGGGAUACAAUCCAUACAGUCAUCUCGCCUACAACAACUACAGGCUGGGAGGGAACCCGGGCACCAACAGCCGGGUCACGGCAUCCUCUGGUAUUACGAUUCCAAAACCCCCAAAGCCACCAGAUAAGCCACUGAUGCCCUACAUGCGGUACAGCAGAAAGGUCUGGGACCAAGUAAAGGCUUCCAACCCUGACCUAAAGUUGUGGGAGAUUGGCAAGAUUAUUGGUGGCAUGUGGCGAGAUCUCACUGAUGAAGAAAAACAAGAAUAUUUAAACGAAUACGAAGCAGAAAAGAUAGAGUACAAUGAAUCUAUGAAGGCCUAUCAUAAUUCCCCCGCGUACCUUGCUUACAUAAAUGCAAAAAGUCGUGCAGAAGCUGCUUUAGAGGAAGAAAGUCGACAGAGACAGUCUCGCAUGGAGAAAGGAGAGCCUUACAUGAGCAUUCAGCCUGCUGAAGAUCCAGAUGAUUAUGAUGAUGGCUUUUCAAUGAAGCAUACAGCUACCGCCCGUUUCCAGAGAAACCACCGCCUCAUCAGUGAAAUCCUUAGUGAGAGUGUGGUGCCAGACGUUCGGUCUGUUGUCACAACAGCUAGAAUGCAGGUCCUCAAACGACAGGUCCAGUCCUUAAUGGUUCAUCAGCGAAAACUAGAAGCUGAACUUCUUCAAAUAGAGGAGCGACACCAAGAAAAGAAGAGGAAAUUCCUGGAAAGCACAGAUUCAUUUAACAAUGAACUUAAAAGGUUGUGUGGUUUGAAAGUAGAAGUGGAUAUGGAAAAAAUUGCAGCUGAAAUUGCACAGGCCGAGGAACAGGCUCGCAAAAGGCAGGAGGAAAGGGAGAAAGAGGCAGCAGAGCAAGCUGAGCGCAGCCAGAGCAGUGUUGUUCCUGAGGAGGAGCCAGCAGCUAAUAAGACCGAAGAAAAGAAAGAAGACGAGAGCAUUCCGAUGGAGACAGAUUUGGAGCUUGAACACAUUUUGUGGUUAAAACAAGAGCUUGAGAAUUAGAGCAUGGUUCUUUGGCUCAUUUUGCAGCUAGAAUACUCAGCCUUGCCUCUGUUUGUCAUCUAUGAAUAGAUCAUGCCUAGGUCUUUACUCAGAUUUCAUCCUUCUAGCUGAAGAAAAAGAGCUGAAGAAAAUUGUUCUGAAGACUAUUAGAGCAAUAACAGAAAACAGCCCAGCGUGACUUGUAACGAAGUACUUCAAAUAUCAGCCUUAUACCAUUUCCAUACCUGCUUUCUCACUCAUUAAAUCCAAGCACUUCACAACAGCACUGUCCAAUAGAAAUGAAAUAUAAGUCACUUGUAAUUAUAAAUUUUCUACUACCGACAUUUUUUAAAUGAAAAUUUUUAAGUGAAAUUAAUUUUAAUAAGUCUUCAAAAUCCAGUGUGUAUUCUUAGGCUUAGAGCACAUCGAAAUUUGGAAGCUAAAUUUUCAGCAGAAAUACUUCAUCUGUAUUUAGAUUUCAAAAUUUACAGUUAAAAAGUAGAUUGUUUCCACAUCCCAAAUUGUUUUAAACAUGCUAAAAGUUCCUCAGUCACACUCGCUCAUAUCAAGCAAGUGCUUAGUAGCCAUAUGUGGUGAGUGGCUGCCUUAUCAUCGGAUGCUGCAGCUCUGGACUGUCAGCAUUAUUAGAAGAGGGAAUUUUUGUAUUGGAACUAACAGUGACAAAUGUGUGAUUACAGAGGAGACACACCUUGAAGAAACGACAGAAAGCCAACAGAAUGGUGAAGAAGGCACGUCUACUCCUGAGGACAAGGAGAGCGGGCAGGAGGGGGUGGACAGUCUGGCAGAGGAAGGGA